UUCUCUGAGACACACAGGCAGAAGAUGCAUUAUUCACUUGAAUUCCUUGUGGAUAAUCCCACUCGUCCACCACAUUGCAACCUUGCCAAUAUCAACAAUCCUGGUACUUCCAAGAAAGUAAAUAAUCCUUUAAUAAAAGCAUUACUAAUUUGCCAAGAUAAAAAUUCCACGUGGCAGGAAGAUGUGGAAGACAGGUUUAUUGUGCUGGACAACCACGAAAGUAGGUCAGAUACAUGUUUUCUGGAKAAUCUUGAUGGCUGUCAUAGUGUGACAACUACAGAAAAAAUUACAGCAAAGCUUCCAUUUUUUGACCAGCUUGCUCAGAUAGAUUCCUCCUAUGAAAAUAUUAAUGACACAGAGCAAAUCCUAGGUGGCUGCUCAGUGGUAAAAAUAAGUCCUAGCAAAGAGAUGGACGGCACUAGGGAUGGAAGAAAACAUUCUGAAAAAAAACACACAUAGUCCAAGUCCAGCCCAGGUGCUGCUGGGCUACUGCACAUUACUCUUUUAGGUGAUGUACAUGCAGUCUUACAUAAAAUGGAAAGAGUCAUUGCCUCUCAAGAGCACAACACUUCUGAUGCAAGUGAGAAAAGACUUCAGAAUGGAGGAAACAUCAACAUUGACACAGCAGAUAGAUUAGUAAAGGAGUAGCUGAGAACUACAAGGGCUCUUGGACAUCAAGAUCCAGUAAAAAGAACAUCUGUUAUACCUGUGCCUCACAUUGUAUCUGUCCCUAUCAAUGUUACUUGCCAGUUUCUUAUUCUGGUUUCCAAUGGGCAUUGUGGGGUUUUGGAGUAUUUGAAGUACUUGUUCCAACUCUUGACAUUCAUUCCUUAUUUGAGAACGCAUGAACACUGUUCAACAAAACAGUGUCAGUUUCUGCUAUUCCUCRCUGGACACAACUUAACUGACUCAAACCCUAUUAAUAAUCUGCAAGAUGGAAUACUGCUAUUUUAUUCCAAUAAAGGUAUUUUGCAGAGUGACACAAAAGGCAACCUGAAGCAAGAUUAGUGAAAACGUCCUAGGAAGAUUUAUAGGCAAAGUGAAAAUGGAAUUUCUAAUAAACAGACCAAUGACCACGAAAAUUAACCUAAUCCAGAGCUAUCUCUCUUCAGUAAAAACAAAGUAAAUUCAAAGAAUAGAGAUACACUACUCCAACUCUAGCACACAAGAGGACUUUGAAGAACUCAAUUUGAGGACAGAAAAUUUUAUCUAAGUUUCCAUCUACAGUGACAGACUUCAGAGCAAGAAGAAACUGACACUUUCUGUGAGACAGGUCCAAAUCACAGCCACCAGCUGCAAGAGAAUGUGCUGGCACCGAGGUCUAAAGCCAUGAAGCAGCCCUCAAAGUACACAAAAAUGGCAUGCAAUUCUGACUCAAGUACACAGCUGCAGAAAAAAAAUGACCUUGAAUGUAUUUUGUGACAAACUGCAGGUGAUGCUGACCAAAAACUGCUAAAGACUGUAUCACCAGUGGGUUCUAAAGCACCACAGUUUGAAAAAGACACAAAAAUGUACCCAAACAAUUGCAAAUCAGAAGCUACAGGAAGAGGCAUAGUCAGCUCACAGACACUCAAUUGCAACAAGUCACCUUGUGAACAACUGGCAAAGACUGCAUUAGCUGCAGGUUCAAGAGAGAAUGUUACUAUUUUGACUGUACUUCUAAAUCGAUGUCCAAUCACCUCAACAUUUAAGAAUUUAUCAUAG